AUGCCAUCAGAACGAUCAAUAUCAAUAUCCUCCAGAACCGCUCAGCGCUCCGAGAAGACGCUACUCAGAGCGGUUUCUAUUCUUGCCUUCCUUUUAAAUGCUAGCAGGGUCUUCCGGGCAGUUCAACAGCCAUCAAACCACAUCGCUAUUAUGUGGAUUUCCAAUGAGCUCGCUCUCAGUCCUUUGUUCAGGGUUCGCACAGAGCUUCUUCCUCUCGAGGAGCGCUCGAGGAUCAGCUAUGAAAGGACAAAGGCAGUCGUUCAACUAUACAAUCUUACGACAGACGACAUUCUCCAGGCUACUCCCAGAUAUUGGGAGCUCUUCACUGACCCCAUCCUGGGCAUGGACAAUGCAGUUGGGAUUCUCGUCAACAUUCAGUAUAACAUGGCGGCUGGGACUCUUGCCCGAUACGCUCCUGAUAGACCAGACAUCGCCCAUGUGCUCGAAAGAGUACUGAACUACGAGUUAUCAGGGCAAUAUUUAAUGUCCGAGGUUGCCCAUGGCACCAACGCUAUACAAAUGAAGACCACAGCAACGCUCAUGCCCGAUGGAAGCUUUGAACUUCAUACGCCGUCCCCAGACGAGGCAAAGUUCAUGCCGCCCACCGCUCCAUGCGGGAUCCCCGUCGUUUCGGUUAUCUUUGCUCGCCUUAUCGUUGGCAGCGAGGAUUGGGGAAUUAAAUGUUUUGUGAUAACCCUAAGCGAUGGCGUGCAAAUGAGCCCUGGCGUUGAAUGCAAAGUCCUACCUCAGCGCGGUGGCGCACAUCCCGUCAAACACGCACUUACGUAUUUCAACCACGCCCGGAUCCCAGCAUCGGCAUUAUUGUCGAAGUUUGACAAGGCGGCCGACCCUCGUGACUCAUACUUCAACGAUAUUACUGGUGUGAUAAGAGGAGGCUUAUGUUUGGGCAUGAUGGCUGUCGGCGCUAUGCACAUAGUGUCCUACAUUGGGGGUGAGUAUAGCCGGCGCAGACACGUCAUUGACGCUUCAACCCAACUGCCACGGCCAAUUAUCAGCUUCAGCACACAGUACAUCCCAAUCCUCACAGCCGUGGCGCAGACGCUCGUCUUUGACGCCUAUGCUCGAGAGGCAGUGAAUUUGUUCAGUAUCGCGGCUCGCAAUGGAAACGUCUUCAGGCAGCAUUUUAUUUCGUCACUCUUCAAAACUGGAGCCGUUCGAAUGGCACAGGCGAAUUCACUUGAAGUUGGAGAGAGAUGCGGCACACAAGGUCUUAUGGAAAUCAAUCAAUUGUCGGUUAUUCACGGAGAUUUAAGAGGAGGUGCCAUUGCCGAUGGUGAUAUUCUGACAGCUUCUAUACGUUUCGCAGUGGAAGUCCUUAUCGGGCGCAUGAAGCCACCAGCUACCCUUUAUCCAGACGGCAUUUUAUCUCUACACGAGCAAUACAUGAUCGAAGAGCUACGGGGGAUCAUCCAAUCCGGAACCAGUCACCGCGACCCAUCGGUCGAGAAGCGGAUCCUCCCGUUCUGCGAGCCGCUAAUGGCAGCCAUGGCCUAUAGAAUGGCUUAUGACGCCGCUAUGGGAGACAGGCUCGACUCUCGAAUUAUUGACAUGUUCGUUGCAAGUGCCGUCAAGCUCGAUCCAGCGUGGUACGCAGAGAAAGGGGGUAUACCUCGCAUGAAGCAAGCGCAGAUGCAGGAAGCCGCAGCCUGCGCUCUUCUUCCGGACCUUCCAAGCUUCGUUGAACGGUUGGAGGCGAAGGACUACGUCACUGCGCCGAUGCUGUCAAGCGAGGGAUGGAACGGGUUUGUUGAUUGCUUAGAGACUCUCAAGCACGGGGUGAAUCCGCGUGAAGACUACGAGAGAUCUCUCAUGAGUCGCUUGUAG